AUCGAAAAGACUCAUAUUCGAACAGAGAGGAACAUCGAACUCUAUACUUGAAGACGCCACCAAGAGAGAAGAUCACGAAGAAGAAGAAGGCUUCAUGCUCUUGUCCUUGGAAUCAAACGAUCCUUACUCUGAUUUCAAGAACUCCAUGGAAAAGAUGGUUGAAGCACAUGUGCUUCAUCAUGACUGGAUAAGCCUCGAGAAACUUCUCUUUUGGUUCUUGAAAGUCAACGUCAAGACCAGCCAUAGAUACAUCUUCGCCGCCUUCGUCGAUUUGGUCUUAAACUUAGCAGUAGGACCUUCUAAAGAUGUCGCCGGAGAGCCUAAUUCCGACGUCGUAGUCGAGGAUUCUCUUUCAUCAUCGUGGCCGGUCUCCUUGUACUCAUCCUCUGAUGAGACCUCGUCGACGUCCGUACGAUUCUUGCCGGAGACUUCGAUAGGCGAGAAGAGUAGAGACGUUUGUUGUUUAUCGUCAUUGUUUGAGUUAGAAGAGAAGAUUAAAGAAAACAUUGAUUGAAAUGGUUAUGUAUCUUCUUAAUUCCUUUCAUUUGAUAAUAUUAAUAUAUAUGGAUACUCACU